ACGAGUAUAUAGGAAACCUUUUGUCCAUGGAGUAACGUUUUUCGCUGUGUAUAUGAGAAUAUAGAUUCGUCAUCAGCGCUGCAUGCGUACGUGUAUAUAGAUCUUCUGCGUUUUCCGUAAUUCAUAUGUUUAUUUCUUCGUUCAAUCUUUAAGAUGUGGGCCAAGCAUUCUUUAGGAAAUUAACGCAGAUCAAUUCCUACUAGAUUUGUGUAGAUAGAGACUAAUAAUGGAUUACAUAUGGAGCAAGGAGCGUGCAAUAUUUUUCGUGUUAUUUAUUGGACUAAUCAUCUUCACUUUCUUCAUCAUUAAGGAUGAUCUUCAAACCAAUAUCAGGGAUACACAUACGAUUGGAAACACAAUACAACAUACCACAGGAUCUAACCAGAAAGGUGCAAUCAUAGAGAGUUGUGACGACACACGUCUCAUGCCGAAGAACACCUUCCCAACUAUAGCUCUAGCUAGCUAUCAAGGAUCGGGUAAUACAUGGGUUAGGCAUCUCAUAGAGACAUCAACUGGAUUUGCAACAGGAAGCAUUUAUCAUAGCAGGACACUCAUCAACCAAGGUUUUAUAGGUGAAAAGGAAGAUCACCUUAUUGGAACGACUCUUACAGUGAAAACACAUAACAUGGCCCGGGGUAACAUGACGUCACACAUGGUUGGUGCCAUUCUACUUGUACGCAAUCCUUACCGGGCAUUGGUAUCAGAAUUUAACAGAAGAAAAGCUGGCAAGACGGGCCAUGCCCCUAUUUACAAGUUCCAAACUGAAGAAUGGCAUAGAUAUGUGAGGAGAUUUUCCCGGAGUUGGAUUGGUCUUCCUGAACAUCUUAUCUCAAGCUGUCAUUCCCCAAGGAAUGUUUGCAAGUCAAUGAUAAUCGUUUAUUACGAACAACUCAAACUCCACAUAGCGGACGAGAUGCGACGAAUCCUAGACUACCUUAAUGUAUCGAUCGAUGAAGAACGUCUUGCGUGUACAAUAGCCAAUGCGGAGGGAAAGUUUCACAGACAAACUUCAAAUACGAGUCUGGACCCAUUUACACAAGAAGAGAGGACUAUGAUUGAUGGAUAUGUAAAAAGUUAUCUCGAUUUAAUCGACAUGUGGGACUUACAGAAGCCACCAACAUCAGUAAUAUCAUAUCCCACUGAUUUACAUUUAUGAUAAUACAAAUGAACCAGUUUAAUUUUACACUCAGCUGUGUAUAUGAGGGCAUUUUAGCAAUCAAUCGCAGAUGCUUUCUAUAACGCAGAAAAUCUAUUGUCAAAAACCCUUAAUCAGUUGCAAAUUAGUAGCCUUUGUCAAAAAUCGGUCAAUCAAAACAGUAGUGUCGUCCUGGACUCUGUUUAAUUAAACGAUAUAUUUGCAUUUUUUCCGGUCCGAAUCUGAAGACGAUGUGCUGUCCCGCCGGUCCACCAACUUUCGACAGUGACCUCUAAUCUGCCAACUGUGAUUUGACGGGCAUUUUCAAUAGAUUCUUAACGUAAAAAGUGUCUGCCAAACGAUGCUAAAAUGUCCCAAAGCCGCAAGCUUGGAUGCUGUGAGCCCGCGCUGGAGUCGGAGGUGUUGCACGCUACUGAUCAUCUCAAUCAAUAAUUGUAAAAUUUAUAGUUUUUGCAAGUUGGUUUGAUUUGUUUCAAUAAAAACUUAAAUAUAACAA